CAGCUACCCCUCAGUCUCUUCGCUCUCUUAGAGUAGUGUGCCUCUAACACAUCCCCUACGCCCAAAACCACGUCAGUGUCUCAUUUCUUACGCCCAACACCACGCCCGUAUCUCAAGUCCUACGCCCAUGAAGUGCACCAUUAAACUGUAAAAGGUGGAACAGACGCCAGACAGAACCACUCACUUCAGUUCUGUGGUCAUCGUCUAAGAACAUCACCACACCGCCCAGAUUACCACCACCUUCCACGCCCAGAAAGACUGAUUCCAGGAAUAUUUACGUCACUUUGAACGUUGAUAGGAAGCGUUCACACACCCAGGGCUUGUACACACACUGCCUCCGUGACCGCUUGCACACCCCCAUACACGCAGGAGUCAAGAUGACGAUGGUGGAGUAUGUUGCAAGUCCUCGAGGAAUUCUUAAAAUAUGCCACAUGGUAUUCGUGUUGAUCGUGUUGGGGACGUGGUUCGGUUACACCAACACAUGGAGAGACUUCGUGACGGGGACCGUCUUUCUCGCCUUCUUCAGUGGUAUCAUCCUCUUCGCCCAGAAUAUGUUGCUGGGACCGAGCCGUGUUGCUGAGAUCUUAACGAGUGGUCUGUUGACGCUGUUCUUCUUUGUGUCUGGCAUCUGCGUCUUGGCUUUCUACUCCGGCUCACCAGUACCUGACGCCUGUGGAUCCUUCUGCUUCUUCACCAGUAUUAUCUACGGCAUCGAUGUGUACUUUGCCUUCCAGAUUGAAGUGGAGUAGAGGUGAUGAUAAUGAUGAUGAUGAUUUAUAGUGUGUAGUUUACGUCCUCCUCUUCUUCUUCUCUUCCUCCUCCUUUGCCUAUUAAUUUUUCUCCUCCUCUUCUUACUCCUACUCCACCCCCUUCUCCUCCUCCUGCUAGUGUGGUGAUGAGGUUACAUCUAACGUAAGCAAAUGUCCUAAAUCAUCUUAGUGUGUAUGUGUGUAUUUUGUCUAAUUGUCUCUUUUAACUUGCGGCCACCACAACUAAUAAUAUCUACCUACAGUCGUGGCUAGAUGACAUGAACCUAACCUAACCUAACCUAACGUAUGCAAACUUAAACUGAUCUAACUAACCAUUAGGAUCAAACAUAAGACGCCCUAAUCCACCCUUAGCAUCGACAAAACUUAAUAGGUUAACAUAGGUUAGAUUUGAUUGGUCAGUGUAGUCUGACGUAGAAGAGUGACGUCACAUGCUACAGGCGCGAUGAUUGGUUUGGUAGGUCUGUGUAGUCUCACGUAGAAGAGUGACGUCACAUACUACAGAGGUGGUGAUUGGUUCCAUGUACAUUGUGUCACCGCCAACCACUAAGGGAGACAACAAGGGCACCUGGCGUUUAAGGGGUCAUCACACAAAUAUUCUCAAGACGAUCUAUACAUAUACUACCAGAGUGUUUCAUACAAAAUUUAUGCACACUGCCUUACAGACUGUCUUGAAAAUCACGUGAAAUGAUCGUGUUACACCAGCAACAAUGCCCUUGUGUGAGAGCUGCAACAGGUGAGGGUAAUGUUGCUGUCUAAUACAAUCAUUCAUGUAAUCUCCACGUACAGUACAGUGCAUCCUGUAAGGUGGAGUCAGGAACGAACAUACAAAAUACGUCUUAGUAUGUUUAUUGUAAGGAAGAAGUAGGGAUAACUUGAAGAUUAACCCCCCUAGCUUAUUUCACCUGAAGAUUAGCCUCCUAACACUAACUUAAUCAACAUUAACGAUAACCUAUAUUAACAAUCCUUAAAACUAACCUAACCUAACGAGAACCUGUAUUAACAACCCUUAACACUAACCUAACCCUCCAAGGCAAUGUUAAAAUAUUUAAUCAUCAGGUGAAAUAGUGAUGGGCUAGUCUUGAGGUGAUCCAGAAAUACUGUAAAAUAUAAGCAGGUUUUGUAUUUUUAUUAUAUCAAGAAUACAAACUAAAAUAACUGUUAGGUAGUAAUAAUAAUAAGUGUAAUUCUUCAUAUAGUGACUGAUGAUAAAUAUUGGUAUGUUUUAUGUAAGUCAAUAUUUUCUUCGUUUGUAUUCAAUGUAAAUAAAGCUCGAUACAGUACUA